AUGACAAGCAAAUUCGUGAAGUGUUCCAUAUUUAUAGUCACUUUUGACAUUGAUGCCAAUGACAUCCUCAAUGUUUCUGCUGUAGAUAAGAGCACAGGCAAGGAGAACAAGAUCACCAUCACCAAUGAAAAGGGCUGCUUGAGUAAGGAGGAUAUUGAGUGCAUGGUCCAGGAAGCUGAGAAAUACAAAGCUGAAGAUGAAAAGCAGAGAGAUAAGGUUUCCUCCAAGAAUUCCCUGGAGUCUUAUGCUUUUAACAUGAAGGCAACAGUUGAAGAUGAGAAACUUCAAGGAAAGAUCAAUGAUGAGAACAAACAGAAGAUCCUAGACAAGUACAAUGAGAUCAUCAGUUGGCUGGAUAAGAAUAAGACUACAGAGAAGGAAGAAUUUGAACACCAGCAGAAAGAACUGGAGAAAGUCUGCAACCCUAUAAUUACCAAGCUGUACCAGACUGGUGGUGGGAUGCCUGGAGGAAUGCCUGACGGCUUCCCUGGUGGAAGAGCUCCUCCAUCUGGUGGUGCUUCUUCAGGGCCCACCAUUGAAGAGGUGGAUUAA